AUGUUGGCCGAAGUCUACGAUCGCGCGAUGAUGAAAUUUCAGUGCUACCGUAAUCCGACCAAUUGUUCCGAGUCUGUCAACAAUCUCAAAUUUUUCGCCUACUCGUCGCACGACCGAACCAUGUUCAUUUUGAUGGGUCUUCUCGGCGUCGAGGAAUUGGUCGACACCGAAGUCGGAUGGCCCGAUUACACCGCCACGCUUAUGUUUGAGAAUUUCGUCAAGAAUGGGACCGACGACAAUUAUUUCCGACUUCUCUAUCGCGCUCAUCCCUUCGAGACCACAUUCCAAGUGGUGACGCAAAAGAUCAAAGACUGCGAUAAUCAGGAAUAUUGCUCUAUGGAGGUGCUCAGAAAUAUUACGGAUACUUAUAAAACCGAUAUGGACAUUGACACGAUGUGCAACACGCCAAUUCAAAAAUCCGGCAAUUCUCAGCGUAAUUUAUUAUUUCUCGCAAAUACCCUAAUUGUAUCAUUUGCCAAGCAUUUCGUGUGA